GGGCAAAGGGAAAUACGUGGAUUUUUGACAGCUCCCCCAUCUCUCUAACCCGGCGUUUGGUUUGCGCUUAAUUCUGUAUACAAAAACUUGGAAUAUUUAGUUUUAACAAUGACAGCCAGUUUAACUACCGUCGUUACGAAAUUCUACGAAGAAUAUGCCAAAACGACGCCAUCAAAGCUGAAACUGAUUGAUGCCUAUCUAUUCUACAUUCUACUAACGGGAGUCGUUCAAUUUCUUUACUGCUGUCUGGUCGGAACAUUCCCUUUCAAUUCAUUUCUCAGUGGAUUCAUUUCUUGUGUUGGAUCAUUUGUUCUUGCUGCGUGCUUGAGGCUUCAAGUCAAUCCUGAAAACAAAGGCCAGUUUGAGAAGAUUAGUCCAGAACGUGCAUUUGCUGACUUCAUUUUUGCACAUGUGGUUCUACAUCUUACCGUAAUGAACUUCAUUGGUUGAGUCAAAACAUACAACAAGCUCCAACAUGUGGUCUUACAAACAUCUUUGUUAUUGAAAUACAUUCGUACACAUAAA